UCCAAUUGGGAAGUAGUGGAAAUUGAUUGUCAAUUGUUUUCAACAUCUUUUUGAGUUCAUAUUUUAUUUGAUGUAAAUAUUAAAAUAGAGGAAUAAUUGGUAUAAUUAUUCGUACCAAGGUUAUGUUAGAAGUUAAUAUCCGCAAUUAAACAUGAUAAUUAUUUAGGUUACUAUUUCUUACACAGCGUCAGUACAAUUUGGGUAAAAGUGAGGUUAAGUUUGGAAUUGAGUAGGGAGGAAAAUUAAUAUAUAGAACUGUAAUAAAUGACAGAAAGAUUUUUUAAAAAUUUAUAUCUUUUUAUAUAUUGUAAACUCAUGAAUAUUGCAGUUUAGUUGGUUUGUCAGAUGUUAAAGUUUUCAACAUAAGGCAAGGAGAAUAGUAUGUGUGAAGUAUAUAUAAAAAGAGAGGUUAAAACGUACGAGGUAUAACAAUGCCUCUCAACUUUAACAAAAUAUGUCGAUUGUGUAUGGUAGAAAACACACAAUUGUUUCCCCUUUUUAUACAAGAUGACACUCUUCCUGAUAGGUUAAUGACGCUUGUUCCCAUACUGAAGUUGAGUGUUAAUGAUGGUCUACCAUCCCAAGUAUGUCCUCGGUGUGUGCAACAAGUGAACACAAGCUACAGCUUCAAGUUGCAGUGUGAAUCUAGUGAUGCAACACUCAGACAACUGAUCAGUUUCCAACAGACACAGUUGCAAGAUGAGAAUUGUGAUGUGGCAUCCGUGAAGGAGGAAUCUGAAGAUGAGAUUACUAUUGAAGACAACAAUAUAGAAUUUUACAAUGAAUAUGAAGAUGAGAUACAUGAUGGCAUCAGUAGAAGUAGGGCUAGCAAUAUUCCACUCCUUAAUAUUUUCAACAAGGAAGCAGAUAAUUCUGGCGAAAUUAAAGUUCAACAGCUCGAUGAUGCUGAUCCAUUGGAUGAAACUCUAUCAAGGAAAACUCAUGUUUCUCCUUUGAGCCACAAUAGAAAAGCUUUAUGUCAUAGUAAGUCAUCAAAAUGGAAACAUACAUGUAGGGAGUGUGGAAAACAUUUUAGAUAUAAAACAAAUCUAAAUCGUCAUAAUUUAACACACAGAGGAAUUAAGCCAUUCUCAUGUGAUAUUUGUGGGAAGCAGUGCACAUUAAAGCACACGUUACAAAUACAUCAUAAAACACACACGAGGGGGAAACCAUAUUCCUGCAAAGAAUGUGAUGAGAGUUUUCCAUUAAUCACAGAGUUGAAACGACACAUGAAAUCUCAUACAGACCUUUCAGAAACAAAUGCUAUGAAGUUUGUAUGUGAUGUCUGUGGACGACUCUUUCACAUUAGACGAAAUCUUAAACGUCACAUGAUAGUUCAUACAGGUGAGCGUCCACAUGCUUGUCCUAUAUGUGGGAAGAGAUUUUCUCAUAAAAGCUACAUGAAGACCCAUUUGUUGCUCCAUACAGGAGAAAAACCUUACUCAUGUGAAGAAUGUGGAUCAUGUUUUACACAAAGAAGCAAUUUAGCAACUCAUCUUAAAACUCAUGUGGGGGAGCGGCCACACUCUUGUGUGAUGUGUGGGAAGAGAUUUGUAAGGAUGAGACAUUUGCAGAUGCAUUUAGUUUGCCACACAGGUGAGAGGCCCUUCAGCUGUUCAGAAUGUGGCAAGGCAUUUGGACGUAAGGAUGGCCUACAGAAGCAUAUGUUGACGCACACUGGACACAGACCCCAUCUGUGUCCAUCAUGUGGUAAAGGCUUUGCAAGGAGCUCAGAACUCAAAGUUCACAUAACAACACACACAGAUAAUAAACCUUUUAUGUGCACAGAAUGUGGUAAGACAUUUGCUAGAAAAGAUCGUUUGAAAGAUCACUUAUCAUCUCAUUCUGGUAAAAGGCCUUUUUCAUGUCAGUAUUGUGGCAAGGGUUUUGUAAGGAGGGAACAUUUGAAAUAUCAUUUGAACAGCACACAUGACGAAGAGAAAAGAAAAUCAUGACUUAAUAAUCUGCUUCUAAUAUGAUUUAUUACAGUAUUUAAUAAGUCUUCUGUUGAGUCUGUCUAGGACUAUGUUUCUUUGAUAACGCUUCAGGUACAAAUUUUAAAUAAAAUAAGCCCAUAUAUAUAUUUUUUGGAUUUGUGUAACAGCUUUUUGUAUAUUGCUUAGAAAUUAAUGUGAAACUUUUUUUCCUGAACAUGCAGUUGUUACCAAGGGGAAAUAAACCAAUGGCUAAGCAGCUGCA